UGUAAAUUGUUUUUUGUUUUUUUUCAAAAAUAUUAAAUUGUAAGCUGAUCAAGACAAUGAAGUCCUUUUGCGUCAUAAUGCUGAUAUUGACAUUGUCACUUGCAUCGCUAACAUCUGGAUCUCCACUUUGUUGGCGAAGGUUUUGUGGGAAAAGAGCAGAAGAACAUGACCAGACCAAUGCAGAGAUCAUAACAAGACAAAUAGUUACUCUGGUUCAAGACACUCUAAGCAAAGCAGCAACUGGUAUACAAGCUAAGGACCUAACAAAGGCUGUAAAGGAAGUCAAGGUGUUGUAUGACCGUUUGAUUAUCAAUAUUGCAGAUGAGGAUGUAAAAAGUCUUAUCAAUGAAAUUGCUAAAAAGAUUGGUGCUACGCCAGCUACGUCGGCAAUAUUCGAAGACCAAAUAACGUAUGAUGCCAAUGUUCUUAACGAUUACUUGAACAUUUGGGACAAUCUAGCCCAGAGCGCCAACGACAAAGAAGCUACCAAACAGAAUGUGGACAUAAUUUUGGCAGCAAUCAGUAAAGUUUCUAGUGCUAUUGAGAACAUCAUACAAGAACUAAACGAAAUGACUUCCAUUCUGAAGAAAACAGAUAGCAAUGGUUCUGUGGAUAUCAACAAAGAAGCCAUCGUGACCUAUGAAAAACAAGAUGGAACAGAAAAUAAAGAGACGGAAAAUCGCGCAAUGCCUCAAAUGCAGAAGAGGAAAUGGUGUAUUGGUAUUUGUAUUGGAAGAAAAUAAAGUGUUAUUGCAUAUUAUCAUAAAUGAUAAUAAAAAAUUGAGUGUAAUUCAUUAAAAUGUUGUUUUUAGCGACCCCGAAAGGGGAAAAGACGAA